UUAUUUAUUCGUAUAACAACCUGGAAGCAGAACUAGCAAACGUCACGUAUAAAUACUUCCGGUCCGUUAGAAUAACUUCCGGUUCGUUGUAGUCUGUGGUAAACAACGGAGAUUUGUUCAUUAAAGACACGUGACAAUGACUCGACACGGCAAGAACUGUACCGCUGGAGCAGUGUACACUUAUCACGAGAAGAGGAAGGACACAGCUGCUUCCGGUUACGGCACUCAGAAUGUGAGGUUGGGGAAAGACGCCAUCAAAGAUUUCGACUGCUGUUGUCUUUCGUUACAGCCGUGUAGAGACCCUGUGGUGACUGAGGAUGGCUACCUGUAUGAACGAGAAGCUAUUUUGGAGUACAUUCUCCAUCAGAAAACCGAGAUUGCCAAGAAGAUGAAGGCGUACGAGAAACAGAAGAAGGCUCUAAGGAGCGAGGGAAAGUUGGAGUCAGGGUCAGAGGAGAGAGAGAAGAUUGAGAAGUUCAAGAAUAAAGAGAGCAGCAUUGUGUCCAAACCCAUUAACCCUUUCAUCACAGGUCAGAGUAAAGAUUCGUCCCCGAGUGGCUCAGUGAGCUCUCUCAGCUCGUCCAGCUCUGCGUCAGUCUCCACAGAAUCCACUUCCUCCUCCAGUCUGCCCAGUUUCUGGAUCCCCAGUCUGACCCCUGAGGCCAAACCCACAAUGCUAAAGAAACCGUCUAAGACGGUGUUGUGCCCCAUGUCGGGUCGCCCUCUGAAGAUGAGUGACCUGAUAUCAGUGCGUUUCACUCCACUGGACAGCAGCCUGGACAGAGUGUCCCUGCUGACACGCCAGGACAGAUACGUGUGUGCAGUGACCAAAGACACGCUGGGGAACUCGGUCCCCUGUGCACUGCUCAGGCCUUCAGGGUCAGUGGUCACUCUGGAGUGUGUAGAGAAGCUCAUACGUAAAGACAUGAUCGACCCGGUCACAGGAGACAAACUGAAAGAGAGAGACAUAAUAGUCCUGCAGAGGGGUGGGACAGGAUUUGCUGGUUCUGGACUCGAUCUCUGUGCUAAAGAGGCUCGACCCGUCAUGCAGGCGUGAGCUCCUAGACAAGUGUAGAGGAUCUUCAUCCCUGCAGAUCUUCAUCUCCUCCAUGGAGAACCACCUCCCAAGUUAUGUUACAGUCUCAGAUUUGUGCUCAUUGAAUUCCUCAUCAUUUCACACCACGUUAUUCACAACGUCACAAAUCUGAAGAAGGAGGCGUUCGGGUUCGUGUCAUUCAUCUGUAUUACGUGAUUAUUUCUGUAGGAUGUCUUCAACUCAUCAUCUUGUCCUGGCAGAGCCAACGAAAUGUAAUCAUCACAUAUAAUAUCAUCAAAAUAUCAUCUUUUUAAAUAUUGUGGGGUGCCAAUAAUUUAGCACCCAAAAGUAGUGCAAGAAAAAUAAUGAAGUUUAUAUUUGUUUGGAAACAAGAACAGUCUCAGUACAGUCCUGUCUAGUGUAACACACACACACACACACACACACACACACACACACACACACACACAAUGGUUUAAUGUCAUUGUCUUUUUUUGUGAAUCUUUUAAAGUAAGUGACAGUGAGAGACUUUUUACAAUCCUUUAUGCACAGUCACAUGUAAUAAAAAUCAGAGUGACUCAAUAAAUAAAUAAAUACAUAUUAGAAUAAAUAUAAGUGGUUAUUUUAUCUCUGAUGCAAAGCUGAGUUCUCCUGUAACAGAGCACAGAACAUUGUCACAACAUCACACUUGUUUAACUGUUCACAUUGUUCACAGUUUUGUAAAAAAAAAAAAAAAAAUUAAUAUCAAUAAAAAUUCUUGAUUUAA